GCCCCUGCUUAUAGACCGGAAGUCCGGACCUUAAGUCUCUUUCCCGACUCUCAAGAUGGCGGACCAAAACCCCCCAAAGGAGCUAAAGGAAAAAAAGGUCAAAAAAGAAAAAAAGGAAAAGAAGCCCAAAAAGGAAGAUGCUGCUGAGAAGGUGGUGAAAAAGCCUCGAAAGCAUUGCAGCCGCAACCCGGUCCUGGCCAGAGGGAUUGGCAGAUACUCAAGGUCUGCCAUGUAUUCCAGGCGGGCCAUGUACAAACGCAAGUACACUGCACCCAAAACCCGGAUUGAAAGGAAAAAGAAAGAGAAGGUACCUGCUACCAUCUCAAAGCCAGUUGGUGGGGAUAAGAAUGGAGGAAACCGAGUGGUGAAGAUCCGCAAAAUGCCUAGGUAUUACCCUACCGAGGAUGUGCCUAGAAAGCUGCUCAGUCAUGGCAAAAAGCCCUUCAGCCAGCAUGUGAGGAGACUCCGAUCUAGCAUCACCCCAGGCACAGUUCUGAUCAUGCUCACUGGCCGCCACAGGGGCAAGCGAGUGGUUUUCCUGAAGCAGCUGGCUAGUGGCUUACUACUGGUAACUGGACCUCUGACCAUCAACCGUGUUCCUCUGCGAAGAACCCAUCAGAAAUUUGUUAUUGCCACUUCUACCAAGGUUAACCUUUCAGGUGUGAAAAUUCCAAAUCAUCUUACUGAUGCUUACUUCAAGAAGAAGAGGCUCCGUAAACCUAGACACCAAGAAGGAGAGAUUUUUGACACAGAAAAAGAGAAAUAUGAGGUUACAGAGCAGCGCAAGGCUGACCAGAAAGCAGUGGACUCUCAGAUCCUGCCCCAAAUCAAGAAGAUUCCUCAGCUCCGUGGCUACCUGCGUUCUGUAUUCUCUCUCUCCAAUGGAGUCUAUCCUCACAAACUGGUGUUUUAAAUGCCUGGCAGAGAACUCUUAUUAAAAUAUUUGAAAUAAC